AUGGAUCAGGUUCUCAGCGGUGAUAAUACAAGAAAAGCUGAAUAUUAUGAAACCCUCGGAUGUGACAGAGCAAGUACGAUCGAGCAGAUCACAGCCGAGUACCGCGCUCGCGUAAAAUCUCUCCAUCCAGACAAGCUGCUUGAUGAAAGUGAUCAAGACAAGAAGGAUCAAUACCUACGGCUUCAAACCGCUUACUCUACGUUAUCAGAUCCAGAAGAACGAAAAUGCUAUGAUGCCUGGCUCGAGUGCCUUCUGCCGUUCAGCUAUGAAGAAUUCAAAAGAAAUAAAGAUGCCGUAAAAGUUUCGAUGCAUUGGGUCACGCCCAAGCAAACUCCCAUGCUGUCUGACUCGGAAGAAUCUGAGAAGGCUAGGCUGCAGGAGCACAAAGAUUAUAUGGCAAAAACUUCUGCCCGCUGGGAAGCUGAUAGAUAUCAUUCAGACGCUGUCAGAAAAUUUCGAAAUUAUGAAAUAUAG